GAGACCACACACAUGCAUAUUCUUCCCGUGCAAGAAGAAGGAAUCCAGAGAGGAAACCUGUUCCAUCGGAAUAGUAGAGUCCCGGCCCGGCCGGAUUCACUCGAGAGUUUGCGUUCCGGCCGGUAGCCUGCCCGACCGCCUACUCCCCAACCAAACUGCUGCUACCGCUCCCCGCGGCCAUAAAUAACCUCCUCCCCUGCGCCCGCUCCUGCACGCCUGCCUCCUCCCUCCCUCCUCCCUUCCGUCGCGCAUCACCGGAACCAAUCUCGCCAUCGCCUAAUCCGUCCAGGUCCGUCCAGUUUCAGGAGUCGGCCCAAGAACAAGAUGGGCAUCCUGUCCCUCAUCACCGGCAAGCCGGGCGCCAGCGGGUUCGGGUCGGGCUCCACGGCGGAGCAGGUCACCGAGGGCAUCUCCGCCGCCGGCCUCACCGUCCUCGUCACAGGUGGAUCUAGUGGCAUUGGUCUAGAGACCUCGAGAGUCUUUGCCCUGAGAGGAGCCCAUGUCAUCAUUGCUGCGAGAAACACAGAGGCAUCAGAGGCAAGGAAGCGCAUCAUGGAGAUACACCCACUAGCCCGUGUCGAUGUUCUGAAGCUUGACCUUAGCUCCCUCAAGUCUGUCAGGGCCUUCGCUGACCAGUUCAACUCCAUGAAUCUUCCUCUAAACAUCUUGAUAAAUAAUGCAGGUGUGAUGUUCUGUCCUUUCCAACUGUCUGAAGACGAAGUGGAGAUGCAGUUUGCCACAAAUCAUCUUGGUCACUUCCUACUGACCAACCUUCUCCUUGAUAACAUGAAAACUACUGCCAAGUCUACGGGUAUUGAGGGUCGCAUUGUGAACUUGUCAUCAGUUGCCCACCUCCAUACAUAUCCAAAGGGGAUUCUGUUUGAUCAGCUCAAUGACAAGAAAAUGUAUGUGUUCUUAUGGUUAUUUAGAAGAAAAUCUAAUAUCGAUUCAACUGCUAAUAAUGUAUUUUUUUUCAUUGGCAGAUACAAUGAUAAAAUGGCCUAUGGACAAUCUAAGCUUGCAAACAUACUGCACGCGAAAGAGCUCUCCAGGCGGCUCAAGGAGGAAGGAGCUAACAUCACAGUUAAUUGCGUUCAUCCUGGAUUGAUCAUGACCAAUUUGAUGAGGCAUUCCUUUGCUCUCAUGAAGGCAAUUCAAGUUGUCACCUACUUGUUCUGGAAGAAUGUACCCCAGGGAGCGGCAACUACUUGCUACGUAGGGCUCAACCCUCAGCUGAAGGGUGUGACAGGCAAAUACUUUGCCGACUGCAACGAGGAGAAGACGAGCAAGCAUGCGAAGAGCGACGUCUUGGCGAAGCAACUCUGGGAGUUCAGCGAGGAGCUCAUCAGAUCCGCAAAAUGAGUGCUCAGAAAAGGCGUCUUUCGCGAUGUUGUCAAGCUCAUGGUACAGAUGGUUGGUUAGUGUGUAGCAGCAGCACAAGCAGUGGCUACAAGUAGGAAACCUGUCACUUGGUGAAGUGAACCAAUAUUGUUCACGAAUAAAUUAUCGUGCUUGUUCGGUGUCAUCGAAUCGUGUUCUUGUUAAUAUAUUCGUGUCCAGUAUAUUUGCCGGUCGUUUUGGAUUUGAUUAAUGAAUCUAGUUAAUCAUCUCGCUUA